AUGUUACCUCGAGACAAACCUGUACGUGCAGAGUUGAGUGACAAACACCAUAUCGGCUCACCAAACAUAGGCCGCUCCAUCCAGCCGUACGCACUUGGCCAACUCAGAUCGCACUGCGUCUCGUCGAACUCGCGCGUUCAGAACACAUCUACCUGGCCAUCCUCCGGCGCAGUUCAGGAUAACGAAAUGAAGAUCCAUCAAGAACCUCCUGAUGUUGAGCAGCAACCCACGACAGAGUCCAAGUGGAUCCCGAUUGAAGAUCUUCCAAAUUACUACGCCAACCACAAGCCCGUCGGUCGCAAGUACCCAGCACAAACCCAGCUCGACUUCGAAAACCUUUACAUCGAUGACUCUCGCGAUGAGAUUUUGGACAGUGAGUCAGAAGCUGGUGAGAACGAGGAGGCUGCCAAGCUCGCAAUAAAAUCGACAGUCCAGUCGACUCGCAAGACCGGAGCUAAAGUCAAAGCCAAGGCGGAUUUGAUCCAGAUGGACACAAGCAAUUCGGACGAGGAAAAUUGCAAGAACAAGACGAAGAAGAGAGAAAGUAUCGAGGAAGCCAAGAAGAAGGAUCUCCAGAGCAACGACCCUAACGGACAGAAGUACAAGUCAUGCGACACCUGUACCUGGGCAAGAGUCAGAUGUGUUGCAGGCAAGAAAUUGAACAAAAAUGGAGACACAAUAUGCCUUCAGUGCGAGAAACAUGCCCGCCAAUGCCACUUCAGCAUCAAAGGACAGAGACCUGAAAAGCCAUAA